GAUUGCUGCUCAAAUAAUAAAAAGUUGUCUCAAGGUGAGAACACAUCAUAUAUGAGCGGAAAGGCUUCGAGCAGUGGAGCAGAUGCAAUUGGUCGUCAGAAGAGGAAAAGAGUUGGUUUUGCAGAGGCUCCCAGUUCAAUGAAGAGCCCAUGCACUAAAGCAGCUCGUGGAGGUCAUUUCAAUGUUUUUCUCGUAGGAUACAGUGAGAAAGAGAAGUUCGACAUUGUCCGAAGCUGCCCUGAUGAAAUCGAUGUGAAAGAUAUCAUGUCGACAUCUAUCACUCACAUUGUUGCCAGACCUCCAACGAAGAAAGACAAAGCAUUUCCGUACUCAGUGAUGUACUACGCCGUCGUUUCAGGAGCUUGGCUGCUUCGACCGAGUUGGCUAACACGUUCCAAGGAUAGUGUUGUACCUGAAGCAGAACACGAGUAUAAACACAAUCAGGUUGAUCUGCAAACACCAGCGUUAUCAAGAUUCAGAGACAUAUUGAAAUUGUACGGAUCAUACCAGAGAAUGCGAGAAGAGGAAGAGUGCAGAUUCUUUUGCGACAGUGUAUUCCGCCGCGUGUAUAUCCUCGCAAACCGUACUAGUGAGGGUAGAUUGAAGAAAGCAACGCUGAAGAGUAUCAUCAAAGCCGGUGGAGGUUCUCUAGCUGCAGAUGAUUCGUGGAGGACUAUUAGGGAACGUCCUUCGAAAGCGAACGAUCUAGUUUCGCUCGUGAUUGUCGAGAAUGGUGAUGACCUGAGCGUUCAUGAUAUCAACAUCAGUUUUGUAAAGCAGUUACUCUUGAGAGGAAUUCCAGUAUUGUAUGAGGAGAUUCUUUCUCAAUUGCUGAAUAAUCAGGUGGUACCCAAUCUUGAAGUGAUGAUGACCCACGCGGUGUACUACUGGUGCAAUGAACAUCGCGAAAAAUUGACUCUGUCCGAUGCCGAACUCGCAUUUCUACAGAAGCUUCAACACGCAGGCGGGGACGUAUCGAUGUUGCAGAAAGAAGCUUCGUCCAUGGAUGUGAGUGAGAAACCAACUGUGUACAGUUCUGGCGAUGUAGAAGAGAAAAGGCAUCGGUCUCAACCGGUUGAUGAUAUUUUGGAUGACAUAGAGAACGAAAUUCGGGAAAAUCAGCUAAAGCCUAGGGGAAAUGUUGUGUGUUCACCAAUCGCUGAGGAAGAGGUACAGCAGCAUUCACUCGUUGUUGACGAUGUCGCAAAUGAGUCGAAGGUGGUGCAAGAUGACUGUGGUCUUUUCGAAAUUUAUGACUUUGAUUCUGAACAGAAGCCCGAUAUUACCGUAUCGAACGAGAAACAUUCUUGGUGCGAUAGCGUAUCGACAUUGAGCCACCUGGUUCCUAAAGCAUUAGCUAAAAGCGGAGUGGAAUCUGGCUCGUUUUCUGACAGUUUGCGGCAGUUCUUCGACGCGAUCAUGGUUGAGAUGAAGAACAACGUCCCAUCCUCGUUUAUUCACGACUUCAUUUGUCAUGAAGUAGUCACAUCUUUGCGCAAUUCAUUGCAUCCACCACUUUUGCCUACUCCAAACAUCUUAUCGAGGCUUCUUCAUGAUAUCGCAAAGCCAGAGUUUGGUCAGAGUUUUGACGCUGCAAGCGCUGCGUAUCGCUUGCUGAUGUUCUUCCUUUAUCAGUUCCCUGCAUGCAACGAAGAAGGGCGUUUUUAUUGGUUGCAGGUGCUCACAGAUGCUCCUUCUAAUGAUGAUUCAUCUGGUACUCGCCGAGGAUCUCUUCUAGAAUGGAACAAUCUUCUAUCCAGAACAGCUGGAUUGAGGAAGAUGAUCUUAGACACAUUCACCUGCGGCGGAUCCAACCACACCUUGAUGGAAUUUGCUGUUUCUGUGCUUGAAAUAGAUCUGUUCAAUAUGGAGGGUUGUGAUGGGCUCAACACUAGCCAGGAGAUUUCGGAAGAAGAGGAUAACUGUAAUAGGACGACUCAUUCCACUAACGACGAUACACUAGAGCAUCUGCAAAACUCGUCUGUUCUAAAUGGUGUUCCCCUAUCCUGCCUUGUUUUCUACGACCUACAUGAAAGGCGAAAGCGAGGUUUGGACAAAACUGCGAUGGAAACAUGCUUUGCCAUUGUGGACAACGCCGUGUCGACAAAAUCCGUUCUGUGUGCAAACCUGUGCUGGAGACUCUUGGCAGUCUGCCUAGAAGGACUGCGUUUCUUUUUGGCUAAUACCAUGAAGCUUUUCCGAGGCGAGGAAAUUUCAGUCGACUUACAAUUGGACAUAGAACGACUAGGGCGCUAUCUUAUUAAGAAAGGCCUAAACAAAGAUGAAAUCGACCGAUUCCUUCCGAUGAGCUGGGUCUCCGACAUUAUCCAUGCAGUGGCAUAAUUUUGCUUCCUAUCUGAUUGCAUGCAUAGGCAAUCUCGAGCGGAACUUUUUCUAACCUGUUUCACAAAUAUUUUAACAGUGUCUCACUCUUACCUCCUGCAGUUUACAAUAUCUCACGCUUUGCAAUAUUUCCGGUGC